UAACCAAUGACAAAGUGAAGAUGGGGACGACACUGGGCCUCUUCAGGGUUGUGUUCCUGUUUAACCUGAUUGUGUUUGGGGGGAUAGCUAAAUGGCUUGUGUGUGACAACAUGAUCAAACAGAUUGGGCGUAAGAAAAACAAAGCUAAGGGAGAGAUUUUCACCCUGGUGGCCCUCAUGGUGUUGCUGGGACUCACCUGGGGCUUCAUCUUCUUCUCAUUUGGCCAGCUGACCACACCUGGCCUUUACGCCUUCUGCAUUCUCAACCCUUUGCAAGGUUUCUUCUUCCUCGUCUAUUUUGUCCUGUCUGUAAGAAAUACCAAAACCUCAUCUUUUCAGCCGAGAUCAACAACAUUUACUACGAGGUCUUCUUGAAGCGGU